AUGGAAAGGUUGAUUAUGGAAAUGGUAGAGACUUUGAGACAACAACAACAACAACAACCAUCACCACCCAUACCUGUACCACCGCCAGGGAUACAGGAUCAUCAAGCUGAGGACCGAACAAUCACACUCACGAAGGAAUUUAAAAAGAUGAAGCCGCCAUCAUUCAAGGAAGGAAUAGAACCAAUGAAAGCUGAAGCGUGGGUGUUGGGGAUAGAAAAGCUAUUCAAAGUUUUUCCUUGUACCGAAGCCCAAAAAGUGCAACUUGCUGCCUUUACUCUUGAGGAUGAAGCACAGAGGUGGUGGAUGCUUACGAGAACUGUACACCAAGGAUUAGCAUGGGACAGAUUUUUGGAGCUGUUUUAUGACAAGUAUUUUCCCCAAAAUUACAAGAAGGAAAGAAAGUUUGAGGGAGGGUUACGGCCUUCUAUUCUCGACCAAAUUAAUAUGCUAAAACUACCCAUAUAUGUUGAUGUGUUGGGGAGGGCAGUGAUUGCCGAAGGGGCAUGCUUCAAGUGUGACAAGACAGGUCAUUUGGCCAGGGAAUGUCCGCAAAGGAAUCGACAGAAUGGGAACAAAACCACCGCAAGCUCAGCUGGAUCAACCCCUACCCCUACUACAAAGGCAACUACAAAACUCACCAGUACUAAGGAUAUUGUCGAACAAGUAAGGGUAUUUGUGCUAGUUCUAGGUGACGUGCAAAAUGCCGAGGCUAUGGUAUCAGGUACAUUUUCUAUUACUAAUCAUUCCGCACAUGUGCUAUUUGAUUCGGGCUCUACUCAUUCUUUUGUAUCAAAAGCAUUUGCUAGACAUCGACAUAGGCCAAUGUAG